AUGUCUUUAGGCAAUGUUGUUUGCGUUAUCAUUUUUUUAUAUUUAUCACUCUUGUUGUUGUGUUCAGUUAGCCGGCCUAUCAAAUUUUAUGUCAAACUUAUUUGUUAUUAUAUUGCCAUAUUUUCUGUGACUGCAGUCGCAAUUCCAUUUUCGCUUAUUCAUCCCGGUGAUCCUGGAAAUCUUUUGUAUGCAUCAUGGAUGGUUCACUAUAUCAUCUCCCGUGUAUUUGGAUUGAAGUGGGACGUCAAGAACAAAGAACUGCUGAAGUCAAAAGAACCCUGUGUUCUGGUCUGUAAUCAUCAAAGUGCAUUAGACAUCAGUGGCAUGAUGUAUAUCUGGCCCCUGUUCCACCCCUGUGUGCCCGUUCUGAAGAGAGAGCUCCUGUUCACCGGACCCUUUGGCAUCUUCUGCUGGCUUGCUGGCUGCAUCUUUGUUGACCGCUUCAACUCGGAGAGUGCGAGGGACACUUUGAACAUGAAGAUCAAAGAGAUGAAAGAGAGGAAGGUGAAAAUAUGGAUUUUCCCAGAAGGUACAAGAAAUGACAAAGGAACACUUCUUCCUUUCAAGAAAGGUGCAUUUCAUAUAGCUACACAAGCAAAGAUACCCAUUGUUCCCAUUGUGUUCUCCCAAUACACUGAUUUCUACAGCAUUGGCAAGAAGAUUUUUGACCGAGGUACCAUAACUGUGACUGUCUUACCUUGGAUUAAUACAGAACAUAUGACACCGGAAAAUGUGCCAUCGCUCACGGAAGAAGUGAGGUCUGUCAUGACGUCUUGCCUGAAGGAAUCAAUGAAAAAUGAAGGUACAUGA